AUGACUAUGCAACGCACCAUGAAGCUCUACCGACUGCCAGAGGCUCCUAAGACUUCAGGCCUAAGGCCGAUGACUGUAAAGGAUGUGCCAGCAGUUCACCGCCUGCUGAAAGAAUACCUGAGUCUGUUUAACCUGGUUCCCGUCAUGAGCCCUGAGGAGGUCCAACACUGGCUGCUUCCUCAGGAGAACAUCAUUGACACCUAUGUAGUGGAGAAUACAGAUGGGAAGCUGACUGACUUACUGAGUUUCUACACUCUGCCGUCCACCAUCAUGAACCAU